AUGCGAACUGCAAGAAACCCAGAUAGUUCUCGGAUGUUUGAAAGAAAACAUUGGCUCACAAAGGGUCAAGUACAGGGUUUUUUUUCGAGGCUAGCGGCCUCGCGAAGAAGUAAGGCACAUCAGGAAGCAGUCAAUGAAGACGUACAGGCAGAACAGGAAGAGCAGGAGAGACGAGCCGUCCCGGAAGAGGUGGCCACCUACCUUGGUCUUGAGCAUCCUUAGCUAUCUGCUGUGAUUCAUACUGUUUAUGUGAAUUUACACUCGAUAAGAAACUUGAAAAAUUUAGCGUUGCUAUGCUCAAGGACAUGCUGAAAUACUUUGAAAUUCCUUUUAGUUCUCGCGAUCGAAAAAAA